CACACCCAUGCACAUAUCAUCCUCACCAUCAUCAUCCCAUCAUCCUCGCUAGUAGCACACAUUUCAAAACCCAAAAACCCAAACGCUCCUCCAUGGAGGACCACGGCGCCGGCUGCCACCCCUUGCUCCACGGCCACCUCCAGCCGGCCCACCCCGCGCUUGCCUACGGCCCGUGGGACCCGCCCCUCGUCCCCUUCGACGACGGCAACCACCACCACCAGCAGCAGCUGGAGUGCUUCUCGACGGCGUCGGAGCUGCGGGACGCGCUGCUGCGCGCGCUGGCCGAGCUGGACGCGGCGCGGGGCGCGCACCGGGAGGAGCUCCGGCGCGUGGAGCACGAGGCGGCGCGGCUCGUGGCGUGCGCGGCCGCCGAGCGCGACGAGCUCCGGCGCCACUGCCACUCCCUCCUCCUCCUGCUCCACCACCACACCGCCGCCCAGCCGCCGCCGCAGAGCGUGCCCGACCCGCCGCUCCACGGCGUCCUGGGGCUGGGAGGAGGAGGAGCGGGCGCCAUGGCCGUGGCCAUGGACGAGGCCGCCACGUCGGAGGAGGAGGCCGAGGUGGAGAUGGCGCUGGCGCGGCGGCUGCCGGAGAAGGGGCGGCUGGUGGAGGCGGUGGUGUCGGCGGGCCCGCUCCUGCAGACCCUGCUCCUGGCCGGCCCGCUCCCGCGCUGGCGCCACCCGCCCCCGCCCGCCUCGGCCGACGUCAUACCGCCCUUCAACCCCGGCCGCCCCGACGGCAACUACUCCCUCUCGUCCGCGUCCGCGUCCGCGUCGUCGUCGCCGGAGAGCAACUGCAGCGGCGGGAACGCCCCGCCGGCGGCAGCUCAGCCGCAGCACGCGCUCCCCUGCUUCCACAUGAGCUCCUCCUCCUUCUGCAUGUAGCGGCGGCACGUGUCAUGCAGACCACUCAUGGAUCUGUCACUCACUGCCGCUUGUACUACGGUCUACUGCUACUACUAAUUAUAAUCACGUCCGCGGUCUGGGACUAGUAUAGCUACUUAGCUAGUAUAUAUAAUUAUAUAAUGAUUAAUUAGUAUAAUUAGCUGGUGAUUGUGUGUGGUUUAGUAUCAAAUAAUUGUUGCUGCCUGGUUAAUCUGUGUGUAAUAAUUAAUUAAAAGUGGGCAAAGAUGCCAUCACUUUGUCAGUGA